UUUGAUGGGAACCAAUAAGCAAUAGCUAAUUCCUUUGUCCUAAAAUUCGUCAUUCGUUUGACAACAAAAAACUAAAAUCCCGCGUGUCGUCGAUCACGCCGUUUUCGCGAGAAUUAAUACCUUAGAAUUUAAGGGAAACCCCAAGAGACUGAAAUGUUAAAACGCGUGUGUAUUAAGUGAAAAAAAUCGGAAAUUACAAUAAUCGAGCUAGACGCUUUCAGUUCGCCGGAUGUUCUUCAAAUGAGCGGAAUAGCUGGCAUCGUGGUUCGAUAUCUUCAAUGAAGCCACAAUGCACACCGGGACGAGUAUAUUGUGCGGCGCAGUAGUACAUCGUGUCGGUCACUGAGAAUUCCUUGUCGUUAGCUGAUUAAGCUUCACAAUAAUGCUGCAGUUAUAGCACAAUUCAGAGAGAAAUAUUUAGAACAAAAAAGAAGGAUGCCAGCAGCUGGUGCAGCCGUGCCGGCUGUCGCUGAGGGAGCCGGUCAGCCGCAGGAGGACCCAGAAUUACCGGAACAACGUCCUCGUGAGGGUGGACGGUCCAGCUUCAUGAGACCUCUGGUGGUGUUAGCCUUACCCGGGAUGUAUCUCUUCUACAAGUACAACCAGUACAGGCAGGAGCAACGCGAGUUGUCCCGUAGAAGAGUAACCGAAAGAGAACUUCAACAUCUUCACCAUAAAAUCGACAAAUUGCUCACAAAACUAGAAGAAAACGAACCAGAGUUGGCAUCUUCACAGGAAGAUGAGUGCGUCAUAUGCGUGAAUGCGAGGGCAACGAUGCAGACCGCGCCAUGUGGGCAUCGAGUGGUUUGCAGACGCUGCUUCGUCAAAACGAUACAAAUGGCAGUGUCGCAGAGGCUUUUGCCGCUGAGAUGCGUUAUAUGCAGAGCGAAAAUCCUACGAUUGAAGCAGACUUAUAUUCCUCCGCGUGAUUAUUUGCCGGGUAAAUCUUGGAUAUUCCCUCAAAGCUCGUCAGAGUAUAACAUGGGCACAGGAGCCGGUAUGUCUAGAUCUGCUAGCAGGUGGGGGACCGGAACUACCAGAAGUGUACCAGCCUCUGCCUCUUUAUACUCGAUGGCCAGCGGUUCGUCAUCAGUUUCUGGAGUGUCUUCCGUUUCUUCGGCAACUUCCUCGACCGCGCAUAGCAUCUCUCUCGGCAAACCGACGAGGGCGACGAGGAUACGACAACCCACAGGCGCCACUCUCAGACGUUCUCAGACGCAAUCGAUGAAAAUGCGAAUUCAAUCGUACCAAGAUCCUAUUCAACAAAUCCCCGAAGAGGAGGAAAAUUUGCGGGAAAAUCGGGAACGCCGAUUACCCCCCAUCCGUGAAUUCCAGAGGGAUUAUCGUGCUGGUAAAGCCUCCACUAGAAUCAGAUGUGCUCACAAGAUUGUGACACAGAUGGAUAUACCGCCGAGCUCAAGAAGCAUAUCCGCUAUUACAUCGUCGGCAUCGUCGGCAUCGUCGUGCAACCGCAUCGUGUCUAAACGAUCAACGACAGUACCGAAGGUGUCGGUGGUCCAAGAGGUGCAGAAGUCAAAGAAAGAAAAGGAACAGGAGAAGGAACGCGAAAAAGCGGAGAAGGCCCGUCAGAAGGAAGAAGAGAAGGCCGAGAAAACUAGACAGAAGGAAGCUAAGAAGCUGGCGAAGGAAGAGAAGAAGAGAGCGAAGAAAGAAACAAAAGCACGGCGGAAGGAAGCCGAGGAAGUUCCUCUUUUGACGGACUAAAAAGGAUCGAUGCGUACAGGAUGAGUUACUGACAUUUGUAUGAUUGCGAAGACAAAUGGAAUACCAAAAAGGAUAUCGUUCGGUUAUCUUUCGAAAAUUCCAGCAGCCAGUAUCGACUGGUAAAUGCAUACGGCCUAGCGCGAAAACCAUUCUCUAAGAAGCGAAUAAUAAUUAACGCGAUUGUACAUAUUCUGUUUGUUAAUAAGUUCAAUAUAUGUAUGGUUCGUUCAUACUUUGAAAAAUUAUAACAGCUAAUGCUAAUUGAACGGUCUGUAACUCGUCCUGAUUUCCUCGUCAUCUUACAGAUAAGUUCGCGAGAAAGGCGGCGAUAGGAAGUAAUAUAUAUAAAAAAAGAAACUCUAGAAGCGGCCAAAUUUAGUAACCCGUCAUAUCGAGUUAUCGCGGACUAAUUUUUUAUUAUCGAUAAGAAAACUCGAGAGUAUAGUGUUACAAUCUAGAAUUCAGGCGAAUUAUUUCAAUGUUAUAUACUUACUACUAAUUUUUAUUUAUUCCAAAAUUAUUAUUUGCAACUUAUUUGAGUCAUCCUGCCAAAAUCUGCCAUAAUAGUUUUAUUUAGUCCGAAGUGAUAACCCCUUAGAUUAAAUAAAGAUGCGCAAAUGUGUUCUCUUUUAAUUAUAUAAAUAAUGAAUGUAAAGGUUAGGUAUACUCAAUCCAUAGUCGACUCACUUGUCGAUAACUAUUUUCACCGCAGCGUUUAAUCGUCGAUCAUUAAAUUGGAAUAAUCGAUAAUCCUAUUCCUCUAGUCAAUUUAACCUAGUCAUCACGAAAUAAAGAAAAAAACAUUCGUUUGUCGAUUCUUUUACUCUCAUCGCAAUUCCUCAUCGUCUUAUCUCAACAGUAAAGGAUCAUUCGGGGUAAAAUGCUUACAAAAUACAAACGCGGAAUUUUUCUAUUUUAUACAUAUAUGUACUUAGUA